GGAAAAACUGGAAGAAAUAAACAAACGAUGGCGGCGGAAUCGGGGAGUUCGAACUUCGAUCUUCCCGAGGAUGUCGUGCAAGUGCUACCGUCAGAUCCCUUCGAGCAGCUCGACGUGGCCCGCAAGAUCACCUCCAUUGCGCUAUCGACACGUGUCAACGCACUCGAAUCAGAGUCAUCUGCGCUUCGCGCCAGGAUCGCCGAGAAGGAUAAGCUCAUCGCCGAGCUUCAAUCUCAGAUGGAGUCCCUCGACGCCUCCCUCUCCGAAAUCGCCGACAAGCUCGUCCGUACCGAACAAGAUAAGGCGAGCUUGCUCAAGGAGAAUGCCUCGCUUUCCAAUAUUGUCAGAAAGCUCAAUCGAGAUGUUUCCAAGUUAGAGGUUUUCAGAAGGACUCUUAUGCAAUCACUUCAGGAGGAAGAUGAUAAUUCUGGAGGAGCUCCGGACAUUGUUGCAAAAAUAGAGAGUCAAUCAAGUUUGACUUCCACGUCACAGUUUGGAGAUAAUGAUGCUUCAUUGCCGCCCUCUAUAUCUUCUUCAAUGCAAACCUAUAUUCCUGAUAUAGGAAAUUCUUUUGCUGAGGAUCAUGAAUAUGAAGCCAUAAGACCCAGAGUACCACAUAAUCUCCUCUUAGCAUCCCAAAAUACCACCCCUCGGAUUACUCCCCCGGGUUCCCCUCCUAGUCUGUCUGCAUCAGUAUCUCCAAGGCGACAUUCAAUUUCCUUUUCAACCUCAAGAGGCAUGUAUGAUGAUAGGUCUUCAAUGUUUUCCUCGAUGCCCUUAAGUCACGGUAUAUCAAGCUCUGAUCCUGGAACAGGAUCACAAACUGGUGUCAUAGGACGAACACGGGUGGAUGGGAAGGAGUUCUUUCGCCAAGUCAGGAAUCGUUUGUCUUACGACCAGUUUGGUGCAUUCUUGGCAAAUGUUAAGGAACUGAAUUCCCAUAAACAAACAAGAGAGGAGACGCUACAAAAAGCGGAUGAAAUUUUUGGGACUGAAAACAAGGACUUGUACGAUAUAUUUGAGGGAUUGAUUACUCGCAAUGUCCAUUGACAUUGUGCCUAAGGAAAGUUUUAUUUCGAGUUUGUAAUAACGGAUACUUUCCUCUCCUUAUAGCAACUCCUUUUUUCCCCACUGUAUAUUACAUGUAAUUAUGUGAUAGAACAAUUUUUUGAACAUGAAAGCUUGUAAAUUGGAAUUGACGAAUGGCAUUUCUGGGUAGGACAGCAGGGUUGCCGUUGGUUUCCUUGUAGUAGUGAGGGGAUGCAUACUCUAUUAUUUUGUUCAUCCAAUGCUAUGCAUUGGGUAAUAUGUCUUUCUUCUGGAAAAUUAUAUUUGUACUUAUUUUAUCUUGCCAAAUUGCUCAUGGACAUUCAUGCAAGUA